AUGGCAUUCAGAGCAUCUCUCCGUCCCGUGGCCUUGGCGGCCCGCUCCGGCAUCGCCUCCACAGUCAGGGCCACCAGGGCCUUCCACCCAACACCCGCCCCAAUGAUCAAGGUCGGCGAUGGUAUUCCUCACCUCGAUGUCCUCAGGGAGGGUUCCCCGGCAAACACCGUCAACCUGGCCGAAGAACUUGCCGUCGAGGAUGGCAUCAUAAUUGGUGUUCCCGGAGCCUUCAGCCCGGGCUGCUCCCAGAAGCACAUUCCCAGCUAUCUCACCCACCCAAACCUCAAGGACGCCGGCAAGGUCUUCGUCGUCAGCGUCAAUGAUCCCUUCGUGAUGAGCGCUUGGGGUGAGGCGCUGGAUCCCAGCGGUACACAAGGGAUCCGAUUCAUUGCCGACCCAUCUGGCGAGUUCACAAAGGCACUUGACCUCGACUUUGAUGCCACCAAAAUCUUUGGUAACCACAGAAGCAAGCGCUACGCCCUGGUCGUUCAGAACGGCAAGGUCAAGUCUACUCAUAUCGAGCCAGAUGGCACUGGCACCAAUGAGUCCCUUGCCGACAAAGUCCUCGGCGCCCCGUCCAAAGUCGACUGGAGUGCUUAA